AUGACCGUGCAAGCCAAUAGAAAAAGAUUAUCCACAGGUCUUACAGUCACAUCGAAAGUUUUUGUUCGUUCUAGGAAUGGCGGAGCAUUAAAGGUUGUUCGUGAACACUAUUUGAGAAAUGAUAUACCGUGCUACUCUUUAGCUUGUACCCAAUGUCAAGAAAUUGUUAAACCAGAUGCUAAUGGACAUCUACCUAAAUUUAUACUUUCGGCCGAUCCAGCCAAGACUAUUGAUAGGAAACCUCAUUAUGUGGUCUUGGAUACCAAUAUCGUGUUGCACGCAAUAGAUAUCCUUGAAAGCACUCAAUGUUUUUACGAUGUCAUCGUUCCGCAAACCGUAUUGGAGGAGGUUAAAAACAGGUCUUUUCCUAUAUAUCAGAGAUUGAGAAACUUGGUUAAACUGGAAGACAAGAGAUUUAUCGUAUUUCAUAAUGAGUAUAAUGAGGGCACAUACGUCACUAGGGAGAAGAACGAGUCUAUAAAUGACAGAAACGAUAGAGCAAUUAGAAAAGUUGUUUCAUGGUACCAGAAGCAUUUGCCAGGUAUAGAGAUGAUAUUGGUCUGUAAUGAUGCUGAUAGUAAAGCCAAGGCUGAAAAGGAGAAUUUGAAUGUCAAGACCUUGGUUGAAUAUCUUGACUGUUUACCCAAUGGUGAAGAUUUGAAAGAUUUAAUACCGGCUGACUUUAGCACGUUUGAAGGUAAGAAAAGUGAAGACGAAGUUACUUUUCCAGAGUAUUACUCAAAUGCCAGGAUUAUGGCGGGUAUCAAAAAUGGUACCUUAUACCAAGGGGUUUUAAACAUAUCAUCUUACAACUACUUACAGGGUGAGGUGAAUGUAUCGGCAUUUAAAAAACCGUUACUUAUACAAGGAUCCAAGAAUUUGAAUCGUGCAUUCAACUCCGACUCGGUCAUUGUCGAGCUCUUACCAAAGGAUAAAUGGAAAGAACCUUCAACAACGAUUAUCGAAGAAGAGUCUGUUGGAGUCAACGACAACCCUGAUGACGGUGUAGACGGUGACGACGACAAUGUAGCCUCUGAAGGUGUUGUAUCAGAUAAGGAACGUCUACUUUUAGCCCAAGAAGCAAUGAAGACAACUAAAGGAUCAUCAGAAGAGAAAAGACUUCAACCAACAGCAAAAGUUGUUGGCAUUGCAAGGAGAUCUUGGAGAUACUAUGUCGGACAAAUCGCCCCUACUUCGGUUAGUCAAGAUGAUUCAGGAAACUCGGCAAAGAAUUGUUUUGUAAUCUUGAUGGAUAAGACAUUGCCAAAGAUUAGAAUCAGAACCAGGAAAGCAAAAGAAUAUCUAGGACAAAGGAUAGUUGUUGUUGUGGACUCAUGGCCCAGUGAUUCGAAGUAUCCAAAUGGUCAUUUUGUGAGGGCUUUAGGUGAAGUGGAAAGUGCCGAGGCAGAAACUGAAGCGCUUUUAUUGGAACAUGAUGUGGAGUACAGACCGUUUUCAAAAAAUGUGUUGGACUGUUUACCAAAAGAAGGUAACAACUGGGUUGUCCCUGAUAUCCAUAAUACAGAUGACCCGCAACUACAAAAGAGAGUUGAUCUUAGAGACAAGUUGGUUUGUUCUAUUGAUCCACCAAAUUGUGUUGAUAUAGAUGAUGCUUUGCAUGCGCAAAAGUUGCCAAAUGGAAACUACGAAGUUGGGGUGCAUAUUGCAGAUGUCACGCAUUUCGUCAAGGCAGGAACGGCUUUGGAUCAAGAAGGUGCUUCGAGAGGUACUUCAGUGUAUCUCGUUGACAAGAGAAUCGAUAUGUUGCCUAUGCUUUUAGGUACAAACCUUUGUUCCUUGAAGCCAUUUGUUGAUCGUUUUGCUUUUAGUGUAAUUUGGGAAGUUGAUGAAGAUGCAAAUAUCGUCAAUGUCAAAUUUAUGAAGUCGAUUAUCAAGUCAAAACAGGCUUUUUCAUAUGAACAAGCUCAAUUGCGUAUAGAUGAUCCAAGUCAACAAGACGAGUUGACCAACUCCAUGAGGAUUUUGUUGAAGUUGUCAAAGAAAUUGAAGCAAAAGAGAUUGGAUGCUGGUGCUUUAAAUUUAGCCUCACCCGAGGUCAAAGUUCAUAUGGAUAGUGAAACAUCUGAUCCUCAGGAAGUUGAAAUCAAAAAGUUAUUAGAAACCAACUCCUUGGUGGAGGAGUUUAUGUUGUUUGCCAACAUUUCGGUUGCGAGAAAGAUUUACGAUGCUUAUCCACAAACAGCUAUGUUGAGAAGACAUGCAGCACCACCAGCUACUAAUUUCGAGACAUUGAAUGAUAUGCUUAAUGUAAGGAAGAAUGGAUUAUCCAUUUCUACUGAAUCUUCAAAGGCGUUGGCUGAUUCAUUAGAUCGAUGUAUUGAUCCAAAAGACCCAUAUUUCAACACAUUGAUAAGAAUAAUGUCGACCAGAUGUAUGAUGGCAGCUGAAUAUUUCCCUUCCGGGUCGUAUGGGUACCCUGAAUUUAGACACUAUGGUUUAGCUGUUGAUAUUUACACUCAUUUCACUUCGCCGAUUAGAAGAUAUUGUGAUGUUGUUGCCCAUAGACAGUUGGCUGGUGCUAUAGGCUAUGAAAACUUGGAUUUAAGCCAUAGAGAUAAGAAUAAGAUGGAGAUGAUUGUUCGCAACAUCAACAAGCGUCAUAGAAAUGCCCAAUUUGCUGGAAGAGCAAGUAUAGAAUACUAUGUGGGACAAGUCAUGAGGAGCAAUGAAGCAGAGCACGAAGGGUAUGUGAUCAAGAGUUUCAACAAUGGUAUCGUGGUGUUGGUACCAAAAUUUGGUGUAGAGGGUCUCAUUAAACUUGAAACUAUGGGUGAUGUGAACAGUGCCAACUAUGAUGAGGACAAAUUUGAAUUGACAUUCACUGAUUUCAAUGGAAACAAAAGAACUGUUGGUGUUUUUGAUAAAGUAAAAGUGGAUGUCAAGUCGGUUAAAGAUGAAGUUAGUGGAAAGAGAAAAGUCCAACUUUUGUUAAAGUAA